GAUUUAAGAAAAAAAUUGUGAAAGGUUCUCGGCAAGCAUUCAGUAGUAACAUACGUUGUGAAAUCUGGUAGUCAUAAAAUAUUUUUUCUGUCGAUAAAAUAUUAACGUGUGCCGUAAUUUAAUUUUUAUGCGAGUGUCUUUAUAAUUGCAACUAAAUAUGUUAGAGAGUGGCAAGAACGUCGCCGAGUUGCGUGUGUGUGACCUUAAGGAUGAAUUGGAAAAGCGCAAGCUUGAGACCGUCGGUCCAAAGGCAGUGCUUAUCGAACGUCUUCAAAGGGCAUUAAAAGAGGAGGGUAUAGAUCCUAACACACAUUUGAUUGUGCCGGCCGCAAGGGCAAAGAAAUCAUUACCGAAACCAAUUGAGUCUGACGUUCACAUUAAGGAAGAGCCAGUUGACCCAGAAGAGGAGAAUGAAGAGGCAUCUGUUGAAACUGCCGCAAAUGCGGAUGGUGUGGAUAAUCCUCGUCAUGCCGACGAUGAUGGACAUGAAAUUGAUCAAGUUGGUGAUGUGGAUGAUGAAUGCGUUAUUCUAGAUGAUGAGGAUGACGACGAUGAGGAACAAGAAGCUGACGACGAUUACGGCCGCAAGAAGAUAUCUACUGAGGAAGACGCAGAUAAAGAAGACACCGCCGAAAAAGGCGAAGAAAAGACACCUACAGACAAUGAGCUGCAGGAAGAAAACACAGGCGAUACUGUUAACAUUGACAAUGAUGAAUCUAUCAAUCUUACAAUUGGCGAGGACGAGCAGCAGCUCUUGCACGAUGAGGCUCCUGACGACAAAUCGAUAAAGUCGGUAAAACCUGCCAAUAAAUUAGAAAAAUUGAACACAUCUAAGGAUGUGGACAAGAAGAAUCACAAGGAAGACGAAGGAACUCGCUUAAAGAAAAAAGAUGAGAAAACCGCUGAGAAAAAGGACAUCAGUGAUCAAAAAUUGGCAUCCAAAUCCUCAAGUCAAAAAGAUGAUAAAGAAAAAUCAUCGACAGCAGCAGCAGUAGCAACAGCAGGUACAGCAACUGCAUCAUCGGGUGCCGCUGCCAACAAAACGGGAUCCGGAUUGGGAUCGAGCGGAGGCACAGGUGGUGCUAGUGCAUCGUCUAGUGCAGCUGGCAAGCAGGCUCUACUUUCACGCAAUCUAUGGGUAUCUGGUUUGUCCACGCUUACACGCGCCAGUGAUUUGAAGGCCAUAUUCUCGAAGUUUGGCAAAGUUAUUGGCGCCAAAGUGGUAACCAAUACUCGCACUCCAGGCACUCGUUGUUACGGAUAUGUAACUAUGUCCUCGUCAGGAGACGCAUCACGCUGCAUUGAGAAUCUACAUCGUACGGAGCUACAUGGACGCAUUAUUUCCGUGGAACGCACCAAGAAUGAGAUUGGCAGCAGCGCCAGCUCAUCGAAGGAGUCCAACAGCAAGGGCAGCAGCAAGGCUAACAACAAGCCCAGUGAUGCCAAAAAGAAGGACGACGAUAAGAAAUGUGGAUCCAAGGGUUAUGGCGUUGAGGACAAGAAGGGUGGUGAAGGUAGCGCAGAUGGCAAGAGUUUGGGUGGUGAAUCCGGAAGCAAGCGUGAUGGCAAAGACAAAGACCGCAACAAGCUACGUGACGAAAAGGACAAGUCUUUGGGUGGUGGGGACAAGCGCCACGAACGUGAUCAUCGCUCGGGCACGGGACACAAGUCUCAAAAUCGUGAUGGGUCUAACGAGCGGCGUCCGGGCCGUCAUCCACGAGACGUUGAUCGUGAGAUACAGCAGCGUCAACGUGAACGCGAGAGACGCCAGCGCGAGAUGUUAUCUUACCAGAAGAUACGUGAGGAGCGGGAACGUCAGCGAUUGCGUGAACGGGAACGUGAGAUUCGCGAAGAGGAGAGACGACGUCGUGAGGCUCGAGAGCGCCAGCGAGUAGAGGAAGAACGCUUGGCUGAGGAGCGACGCAAGCUGGCUAUCGAGCGGGAACGCCUUGAGCGGGAGAAGGCAGAACUUCUACGUAUGGAGCGGGAGCGUCAAAAACUGGAGCGUGAGAAAAUCGAGCUGGAACGCCUCGAAUUGAAGCGUCAACAGAUGAAGAUUAUGGAGUCUCGUGAUGAUCCUGUUAAGCGUUCUGCAAGUAAGCGAACUGAUGAUCGCUACAACGACGCCUCAGAUCGAAAGCGCUCUGCAGUCUUUGAUGCACCUCCGCCGCCGCGCUUUGAUGCCUCUUUGGUGAGCUCACGAAAUACUAGCUCUUAUGAUAAAAAGCACGAUGAUUAUGGUACAUCAUCAAGUUCAAAGCGCAGCCUUGAGGACUAUUCCAGCUCAAAGCGUUUGGAGUAUUCAAAUAAACGUGGGGAUUAUGGUAGUACCACUGGCACCAAACGUGGUGCCAUGGAUGAUUACGGAGCUGUGCCCAGUAAGCGUUCCGGGGGCAAUGAUUAUGUGUCCUCCAGUUCCAAACACGAUUAUCAAUCGUCGACAACCAGCAAACGUGAUGAUUACAAGCGCGAGGUAGAAGUCCGUCACUUACCAGUUUCGUCCGGUGGUGUUGGAGCCAGCGGAUCAAGUGGUUCAUAUGUUCACAAGAGUAAUAGUGGGGGAGUCACAAGCUCCUAUGUACACAAGAACAACACUGGCAACGUGACUAGCUCCUAUGCUCACAAAAACAAUACAAACAGCGGCUCUGGCGGUGGGCGCUACAAUGAUUCCGAUCGCAGUAACAACUCAAAUUACAGACGUGGUGGCGUCGAUGAUACCCAUAGCAUGUCGCAUGGAAACAAGAGAUACGAAAACUCGACUAGCAGUGGAGCCGCCGGCGGCUACGGAAGCAACUCGAAUAAUGUGAAUAUUUGGGCGCCUUCUGGUGGAGGUAGUGGAAGCGGUCAUUUGGGUGGUAGCAGCGGUCCUUUGAAGUCAUAUACCAAUAAUGGAAUGUCAUCAAAUAUGCAUGGUAAUAAUUCGUGGCAGAAGUCUGCCCCAAUUGAAGACAACAAUUGGCGCCCAAUGACACAAACACCAAGCCGCUUUGAUCGCACUUACAACGACCGCUCUGGAGGCUAUCAGGGAAAUAGUGGCGCUGGCGGAGGCAUGUAUGGUGGUAGUCGUCCAACACAGGAUCGCUAUGGGGGACAAGUGGGACGUUAUUAAAUAACGCCAUUAGAACACACUUAUAAUUUUCAAGGCAAUUGAAAACAUUUUUUGGCCCCACAAUCUUAAUAACCGUAACUUUUAACGCUCUCGUUUAUGUUAAUUUUUUAUAGUUCUAUUGAUUAAGCAUCUAGAUCUACAUUAAAUAUCAUUAGAUGUACCACCUAAAUGAAAGCGAAGUAUAUGUGGGAAACGGGACGGUAGUUCAUGCGAAAUAUAAUCAUGAUAAAAUUGA